AAAAUAUUGUGAGUUCUUUUAUUUUCACUGCUGCAAAAAUUAUUAGAAGCUCUGAGAAUUCAGAGUUGCAAAUACUUUGAAACAUAUCAAAAAUAAAUAUCGGCAAUAGAGAAUAACAUAACCGGAGGAGGUUGCCACAAAAAUACAGAUAUGGAUCGCUCUAGUAUUGUUGUGCAAAAUGAGCAGAAAAAAGAAAUUAUGGGUCUGCAUCGUAUCACAAAAAAACUUCUCCGUGAACUAUGCAAUAAACAUAAACUAUAUCAAACGCCUGCUUUAAAUGAUGUCCUCUAUCUACAUUUUCAAGGUAUACAAUAUAUUGAAGAGUUGGAAGAGUAUACUGAGUUGAAAUGCCUUUGGCUAGAGAGUAACGCAAUAUGUAAGAUUGAAGGUCUACAAAACCAAACAAAACUGAAAUGCUUGUUUUUGCAUUCCAAUCUCAUAACGCGCAUUGAAAAUCUUGAUAGUUGUAAGCUUCUAGAUAAUCUCAAUCUUUCAUCGAAUCAUAUACGAAAAAUUGAGAAUAUUGGUUCGGAGAUAUUGCCCAUGUUAAAUUCACUCAACUUGUCAUCUAAUUAUCUUAAAGAUGCUGAAUCAUUGCAAGAAUUGGAAAACUGCUCACAUCUUUCCGUAUUGGAUCUUAGCAACAACCGUAUUGAUGAUCUUCUAGUUGUAAAGAUUUUUGCAAAAAUGUCAAGACUUCGUGUUUUGAUAUUACAAGGAAAUCCUAUUGUGUCAAUGCUGCCACAGUACCGAAAGACACUAAUAUUAGAAUGUAAAGAACUAACUUACCUGGAUAGUCGCCCAGUUUUCCCUAAAGAUCGGGCCUGUGCAGAAGCUUGGCGUGUUGGAGGAUACGAGGCUGAAAAUGCUGAACACAAAAAAUGGGCGCGUAAAGAGCGAAAAAAAAUGACAGAUAGCAUUAAUGCAACUAUACGUUUACGCAAUAAAUAUAAACCUCCUGAAGAUCAGACAUCAUUGAUUGGCACUUCUUCAGAAGAUGACGAAGGUAAAGACGCAAAUGACCUUUGGAAGGAAGUAGAGGAUGAUGAAGAUACUUGUAUACAACCGGAAUACACAUUUAAUAAAAGUAAAAGAAGACGUAAACAGAAAUCAAAGACAGUGGACUUGGAUGAAUUUAGUGUAGUACCGGAUAGUGAUGAAGAUUCUUCAAGUGAACUUGAGUUCGAUUCACCAGAGACAGAAAAUUCAAGUGGCGAAACUAAUUCCUAUGAAUUUGAGCAAGAAAAUAAAGAAAUGGUUACAUCAAAUAACAAUAAAGAUAAAGAAAAUUAUUUUGAUUCAACUGAAACAACUGAAGAAACAUUCCCAAUCAACAGCAUAGAUAUUUCACAAUUAGGUUCAGAAAAAGUUGUUGUAGAAACUGACAAAGAAAUUAGUAUAAAUGCAAAAAAAAUGAGUGAGAUUGUUAAUAAUAUGGAUGAAGAUGGUGUGCAAUCUGAAUAUGUGAAAACUGUAAAUGCUAUAUUUAAAGUUGUUAACAAUGAGACGGAUAAUAAAAAUAAUGUCCCAUUUACGACAUCAGCUCAUGAGACCUUUAUCAAUGAAUUAGAGACUUAUGAUUCAAAUGAAAUAAAAUUGGAAUCAAAACAAACUGAUAAAAUGGAUAAUUUGCGUGUAUCAACUAAAAAUGAAAAUCGUGAUGAUAAAUGUACUGCUAAGAGCCUGCUCUUGGAUUAUUUAAAUAAAGCAGAUUCUGAAGAAAGCAAUGCCCAGGUUACGAAAGACUUCGAAGAGUUGUCUUCUAAUAUGGAUGCUUUCAUUGAAGAAUUUCAAGAACACAACAUAAAAAGAGAUAAGUUUUUGGCAAAUAGCAACGAGAAUGUCGAAAAAGAUUUUUCUUUAGGCAUCGAAUCAGAAUCCGAAACAGAGUUUGAUUUUGGUAAUAACGUACUUCAGAUAGAAGAUACACAUUUAAACAUAAAGGAUAUAACAGAAUUAAAUAAUAAUAAUGAUAUCAAUGAAACUGUUGUAGUGAAGUCUAUAGGUAAUUCUGACCAAAAAUAUAAUUUAAGUAUGUCAUUUUCUAAGGAAAAUGAGAAUAAUCAAUAUAAUUGUACGUAUGAUGGAAAUGACGCAAAUGCAGCUAAUAAAAUAUCAUCGAAUAUAUCAAAAAUAUCUUAUGAAGCCAUGAAUGAGGAAACUAAGGCAUUUGAUAAGUACUUAAAUGAGUUUUAUAACAAAACUCGCUCUAAUACGGGUUUGAUGAGAUAUGAAAGGGAAGAAAGAGAACUAUUUGAAAAAUUACGUAAAUUUGAACAGGAAAAUGGAUAUGAUGAUUUGAUUGCGGAAAAAACUGAUAAAGAAAAAUUGAUUGAUAAUAAUACUGUUUCAUGCUUUAAAGAAACAGUUAAUAAAGUAGAACUGAACACAUCAUUUAAAGAAACGGUUUCAAGAAGCAAAAACCAAAAUAAAAAUGUUUCGUUUCUCGAUUGUUGUGAUUCUAAUAAAGUAACAAAUAGAUCAACUUAUAAAGAGUUGAUUGCCGAAAAUACAAAAAUGGCUACAGAAGUAUGUGAUAAGAUUAAUCCAUUCAUAAUUCAAAGCGAAAGUUUGGUACAAACUGGUGACAUUGAUGGUUCAAGAGAAAAUGAUGUUUUAGAAGAAGAUAAUGUUUCAAAACAGAAUAUCACGAACCCAACCAAAACUAUAUAUAGUGUUUUAAAUUCCUUUAACGAAUUUGUUAAUCAACUGUCUAUUCAGCAACGUAAUCGCGUUGUACAGAAAGAGACAACUAUCAGUUUAAUUUCAAAAUAUGCUCCACUCCUAGGACCAUACAAAACUCAUUAUAUGCGAAACUUAAUAAAUUCACCUUUCUUUAAAAGAUUUGAUCACAAUAUUAGGUAUCCGUUUAAUGAAGAAAUAUUGGAAAUGAUGGUUAAAAACAUUAAAGAACGGCGCGUAUACAAUGAGAAAGAUAGAUACACUGAUAAAAAACUGGUUGAUAAUAAAACUAUUUCGAUUUGGAAUGAUGAUAUUGAAAAUAUUAAGGAUUUCUUAGGCCUUAAAGGCUAUUAUAGUGAAGAUGAUGUACAAUUUGAAGUUCAAUAUGAUUCUGAGAAAGAUCUCGAAAAUGACUCCGAAUCUGAAAAUAUAUUUAACAUAUGUAAAUUUAAAAAAGAGUUGUCAGGGAAAGCGAAAGAUGAGGCAAAAGAAUCAAAACAACUAGUGCUUGAUUAUAAUGGUGGAAAUGAUACUAGUUCCGACACAGAACGUCUUACAAACAUGGUCCAGUCUAAAGACAUUAAGACUAAUUUUACUUUUAACAAUAGUAACGAAUUUAUAGAAUCUCCGAAUCUCUUAUUACAAAAAGAAAAAGAGGAACUUAUUAAGAACGAUGUUGUAGUUGAUAUUACAAACGAAGCACAUCCUUGUAAGAGUAUUGAGGAAAUUACCGACAAUAAUAAAAAAAAUGUAUCAUUGGAUGAUCUUCUACAAGAACUUGAAAAUGACGUAGUCCUUUUAAAAAAUUUGAAAAUUUUGAGCAGCCCGAAUUGUUUCGAUUUGAAUAGUAACAAAAAUUUAGUUGAAGAAGAAAAUAUCACAAGAAUUGAAAAGGAUGAAUUGAUUUUAGAAGUUUUAGAUGACAAAAAAAAUUAUAGUACAGAAAAAAUAAAUAAUAUUAUUCACUUAGAUAGUGAAAAAAGAUGCAUUCUCAGUUGUGACAACGCUUUAGUAAAAGAUAAUUUAUUACAAAAAGAUGUGUCAAUAUUAAGUGAAUACGAUGAGCUAACUCCAGAAUUGAUCAAAACUAAUAAAGUUUUUGAUGAUAAAUAUAAAUUACCAAAGGCUAUACCACAUAAAGAUGAAUCCACAUCAAAUGAAAAUGAUUUAUCUGUCAAAGAAAACAAUAGAGACAGUACUGCUGUUAUCAGUCACAUGCAAUUAGCCUGUGAUGAUUUGAUUCAAGGAGAAGAGUCUAUACCCACUGAAGACGACAUAAAUAACCUGAUCUUAGUUAAUAAUAUAAAUAAAUCACGCUCUUUAGAAAAUAUCCAUAAAAUCCAUGUUACUAAUUAUAAAAACAAAUCAUUAAACGAUCUUUUACAAGAAGUUGAAAAUGACGUGGUCCUUUUAAAGAAUCUACGAAACCUAUGCGGUACAAGCUGUAACAAGGAAUUAGUUGAGGAAGCAAAAAUUACAAGCAUGAAGAAUAAUGAGUUGAUUUUAGAUGCUUUAGAUGACAAAAGUAAUCAUUGUACAGAAAAUGUACAAAAAGUCAGUACCAGUUAUGACAAUGCGGAAGUAAUAGACUACACAUUGCAAGAAAAAUUAUCAUUCUUAAAUGAAUACGAUGGACUUACUACGGAAUUUAUUAAAUGUAAUAAUAUUGUUAGCGAAAACAAAUCAUUGAAUGCUUCAUCCUAUGAAGAUAUAUCCACAUUGCAUGAAAAUAAUUUAUCAAUAUUAACUACUAACAAGAAACAAGUCUCUAUAGAUGAUUCAUUGGAAGGAUCAAAUUACAAUUGCAAUAAAAAUCUUAUAUUUAGUAAAGAUGAAUUAUUGAAAUUUGAAACUGCUACUAGCAAGGUGGUUAAGAGUUACAAGGGUCUUGUAUUUAUUGACGGUAAUGUCGUCUCAAAUUUAUCAUCGUGGGAAGAACCUAUGCUGCAUAAAAGUAUAGAACCUAUUUCUGAAGUUUUAGUAGACUUCGAUAAUUGUGGUUUAGAAAAAGUUGAAAACGCAGAAACCGAGGAAAUAAAAAACAAAAAACACUACAUUAUUUCUGAUUGUGAAAAUAAAGAAAAAAUGUCUGUUUUAGUCGAGAAUUAUGAAAAUACGAAUGCGCAAGUAAUAAGUGAUGUUUCCACAGAAGAAUGUGAUGGCUUGCUCAAGAAAGUACUGUUAUUUAAUAAGGUUAGUAGUUCCGAGCCACAAAAUAAUGCUGCUUUAUCUGAUCAUGAAUCUGUGUCAGAAUUACACAAGGAAGAACUACUAUAUAAUAAUGUAAUUGGUUCUGAACCACAAAAUAUUGCUGCUUUAUCUGAUCAUGAAUCUGUGUCAGACUUACACAAGGAAGAACUACUAUAUAAUAAUGUAAUUGGUUCUGAACCACGAAAUAUUGCUGCUUUAUCUGAUCAUGAAUCUGUGUCAGACUUACACAAGGAAGAACUACUAUAUAAUAAUGUAAUUGGUUCUGAACCACAAAAUAAUACUGUUUUAUCUGAUGAUAAAUCUGUGUCAGACCUACACAAGGAAGAACUACUGUUUAAUAAUGUAAUUGAUUCUGAACUACAAAAUAAUACUGCUUUAUUUGAUCAUGAAUCUGUGUCAGACUUACACAAGGAAGAAGUACUAUAUAAUAAUGUAAUUGGUUCUGAACCACGAAAUAUUGCUGCUUUAUCUGAUCAUGAAUCUGUGUCAGACUUACACAAGGAAGAACUACUAUAUAAUAAUGUAAUUGGUUCUGAACCACAAAAUAAUACUGUUUUAUCUGAUGAUAAAUCUGUGUCAGACCUACACAAGGAAGAACUACUGUUUAAUAAUGUAAUUGAUUCUGAACUACAAAAUAAUACUGCUUUAUUUGAUCAUGAAUCUGUGUCAGACUUACACAAGGAAGAAGUACUAUAUAAUAAUGUAAUUGGUUCUGAACCACAAAAUAAUACUGAUUUAUCUGAUCAAGAAGCUGUGUCAGACUUACACAAGGAAGAGCUAUUACACAAUAAAAUUAUUGGUUCCGAGCAACAAAAUAAUGCUGCUUUAUCUGAUCAAGAAGCUGUGUCAGACUUACACAAGGAAGAAGUACUAUUUAAUAAUGUAAUUGGUUCUGAACCACAAAAUAAUACUGUUUUAUCUGAUGAUAAAUCUGUGUCAGACCUACACAAGGAAGAACUACUGUUUAAUAAUGUAAUUGGUUCUGAACUACAAAAUAAUACUGCUUUAUCUGAUCAUGAAUCUGUGUCAGACUUACACAAGGAAGAACUACUAUAUAAUAAUGUAAUUGGUUCUGAACCACAAAAUAAUGCUGAUUUAUCUGAUCAUGAAGCUGUGUCAGACUUACACAAGGAAGAGCUAUUACACAAUAAAAUUAUUGGUUCCGAGCAACAAAAUAAUGCUGCUUUAUCUGAUCAAGAAGCUGUGUCAGACUUACACAAGGAAGAAGUACUAUUUAAUAAUGUAAUUGGUUCUGAACCACAAAAUAAUACUGUUUUAUCUGAUGAUAAAUCUGUGUCAGACUUACACAAGGAAGAACUACUAUAUAAUAAUGUAAUUGGUUCUGAACCACAAAAUAUUGCUGCUUUAUCUGAUCAUGAAUCUGUGUCAGACUUACACAAGGAAGAACUACUAUAUAAUAAUGUAAUUGGUUCUGAACCACAAAAUAUUGGUGCUUUAUCUGAUCAUGAAUCUGUGUCAGACUUACACAAGGAAGAACUAUUAUACACUAAAGUUAUUGGUUCCGAACCACAAAAUAAUGCUGCUUUAUCUGAUCAAGAAGCUGUGUCAGACUUACACAAGGAAGAAGUACUAUAUAAUAAUGUAAUUGGUUCUGAACCACAAAAUAAUACUGCUAUAUCUGAUCAAGAAGCUGUGUCAGACUUACACAAGGAAGAAGUACUAUUUAAUAAUGUAAUUGGUUCUGAACCACAAAAUAAUACUGCUAUAUCUGAUUACGAAUCUGUGACAGAAUUAGCCAAGGAAGAAAUAUUAUUUAAUAAUGUAAUUGACUCUGAACCACAAAAUAAUGCUGCUCUAUCUGUUGAUAAAUCUGUGUCAGACUUACACAAGGAAGGAGUACUAUUUAAUAAUGUAAUUGCUUCUGAACCACAAAAUAUUGAUACUUUAUCUGAUGACGAAGCAGUAUCACUUGAUGAUUUAAUUCAUUUAGAAGUAAUCACACCAGAUGAAAAUAAUAUUGAAGUAAUUGACUUUAGUAGUAAUGUGAGCAACUGUGUAGCUAAAUUUGAAAAUUUAAAGGACUUGAAAACGAUUACGUAUGAAUCAGACGAAUCUUGUAUUGAUUUCAAUGCAUGUCAUUUAGAAACUAAGUUGGAAAAUGAUAUUAAACAAAUUCCUAGAUUGGAAGCACUUCAGUAUAUUAAAAAGAGAAAGGGUAAAAGUCGAUAUGUAGCUAAAUAUACUAUGCACGUUAAAAAAGUAUCCGUGAAAUACAAUAAUCUUUACAAGUUUCUCGGACAUAAAUUCAAAAGAAAAUGUAAACAUAGUAAACUUGAGUAUUCUAAACUCAAUAACUCAAGUGAUUUAAGUUUGAGUGAAAAUGAGGAAACAGAGGACGAAAAUUCUGAUGUCAAUACAGAUAUUCAAUGGGACCAAUAUGAUAAGUUUGAUGAUAUAUCUUGUAUGAAGCUACUUGAGCAAAAUGAAUUUGAUUCGAUUUGCAGUUUAUCAGACAAAUUUUCUAAUAAUAUACUGCCAACUGAUGAUGAUUCUUCCACUCAAAUGGUUGAAGAAUUCCUAACAAACUUUAAAGAGCAAAAAAUGUUGCCGUUAAAUCAAGGACUGCAGUAUGAAACUGUUCAGCGAUGUGCUGACGUAUUUGAGAACGGCACUAACUUAUUGUACCCUUCCUGGAGUGAUAAGUCAGAGAUGACUAAAGACACUAGCGUAUCUGAAAACAACGAUAAUCUAGAGCAUGAAAAAAGUAAUGGUGAAUAUGAUAGAACUUUCGUAAACGAUGCACCCAAUGAUACAGUGGAACCUUUUGAAAAUAAUUCGCAACUAAAUGAAUCUGAGGGCAUUUUUGAAAAUGUCCAUACUCAGGCUAUUUUUAGCGACGAUGCAGAUGAGCUACAACUUGAAUUUAAUUUUAAUGAAAGAAUUGUCAGCGUUCCAUACGAUGUUAAUGCUGAAGAAGUAUUCAAUAUAAAUACUGAGGGAGGGACUGGUAACAUUUCUAAUGAGCUUAUCUCGGAAGGAUUGUGUAACGCGGAUGUUGGCGAGCAACAAACGGUAAAUUAUUACACAGAACAUACUGAAGACGUUUGCAAUAAUAUGAGAGUUCAUGGAACAUAUAUUGAUGAAAGUGGCAGCAAAACAUCCAUACAAACCAUUCAGAAGAAUUCAUCAACUAGUGCAGAUGAAUUUUCAUUUGAUGGAAAUUGCGGGGACGUUUCUAAGGACAUUAAUGACUAAAAAGCAGCACUAAAAAUGAUUGGAUUUUGUUUUUUUAAUUGUAAAUAUUUAUAUUGUUGAAAAAACAUUCAGAAAUAUUUUAUAUAUU